GAGAGAAGACAGGAUUUAAUUUUUUUUCAUACAGGUCAUGUCGAGUAGAAUGUGCAAUUUAACAGUUUCUGAGUGGAACGAUGAAAUAGUAAAUAGCCUGAUACCAAAUAUUUUCGUACUCUCAGUUUAUAUUGUAGCUGGAAUAUGUGGAAACGUCGUUGUACUAAUGGUUUAUGCAAUACAAAUGAGAGCGAUAUCCGACGAAAGAUUUUUCAUACCAGUUUUAGCUGUCUUUGACCUAAUAGCAACAUUGUAUCUAGGAUCGUUUUCCAUUUAUAGUUGCUUAAACCAAAUCGUGUUUUCUAGUGACACGCUUUGCAAGACCACAUCGUUCUUUUUUGGACUAGCAACGUUUGUUCCGAUCUUUAUAUUACUUAUCAUUGCAGUUCAACGAUAUCUUAAAGUGUGUGUUCCUAGAAAAGGAUCAAUGUCUCUUUUGUUGAAACGAGUCUUGGUGUUACUUGCAAUAUUUAUUUCACUUUUGAUAACCUUACCGAUACCUUUUGUAUACGAAGUGAAACCGGUUUAUAAUACUAUUUAUGAUAUUAUUGGAAGGAAAUGUGCGAAGUCUAAAACAAGCAAUUCACUAGCAAGAAAUAUAUACGGAAUUGUGGUUGGCAUGUUUGCUCUUGUUGUAACUAUAACACUCAUUGUAUUAUACUCUAGAAUUGCAUACACAAUUUUCCAUAACUUGAAUAUGAAUAAAGAUUUAAACUCAGAAACAGAAAAUAAAAUCUGCGAAACAUCUAUUUCCCUGCAAGAUGGAGAAAUUACAAAACCUGCAACCGUUCCCGUAGUUCAUUCUUAUUAUGAUGAACACGCGCAUGCAAACAUUUCUUCGGCAACCACUUCGAAAAAAAGUGGAUCCAAACAACUCAGGAAAAAUAAUCGUCGACUUACAUUUAAAUUAACAACCAUGUUUCUCGUCAUAACGUUGGUAUUUUUAUUUAGUUACACACCAAUAGUAGUACUGCUAAUAACUGAAGGAGUGUCCGAAAAUUUGUGGGACAAUCUGUCAACCUCACAAAGAUCUGGAGUGAUGUUUGCACACGACCUUUAUAUCAUUAAUAACAUUGUGAACCCGUUCAUCUACGCUUUUAUGGACACUAAGUUUCGUAGCGAAACGAUGAACUUUUUAAGUCGCGUAUUUAGACCUUGCAAACUGUAGAUCUAAUUAUAAAUGUGGUGUCAUCUGACAUUUGAUGCAGGAGAUAUGUUUUAUUGACUUAUCAUACUUUUUCGUUUAUUACUGUUUAUUAUACUUUUUUUCGUU